AUGCCGUCGUUGCAGCCCCCGCCCUCGAUCCCGGCGUCGACGCCGGCGCCGGCCCUGCCCCAGCGCCCAGUUCCACGCCCUCGCUUCUGGACGACACCAGUCCCACAACGCGUGAUGGCGCACUACCGCAACCUCUCGCCGACCGGCGGAAAGAGCCAAAUGCAUGGUGGGCCGCGGGCGUCGACCGGGAUGGUCCAGCUCCCGGGCGUCCACGACCCUUACGACAUUCCCCGACGCCAUUACGACUAUUAUGAUGACUACCACUACCCGUCCGACGUGGGCUAUGGUACGCACCGGUAUCAGCCACGGCAUCGGUCGACGGUAGAUGUGCAGCCCACAGGGCAGCAUAAAUAUCGGGAUGCUGGUCAUUCCAAGAAACGUACCGAGUACACCAUCCAGCCGCAGUCUGUGCAGGCCACGCAGUCCAGACACCGGAGCAGAAGCAACACUACAUCAGCCACGGAUCUUUAUGAUACCCCGGUGCGCCUAGCUGUUCCAUCGGGCGCUCAUCUUCGUCCGGUGGCUCCGCCGGCCGGCCGGGUCGACAAUCUUUCGGACUCGGGCCAUCACCACCUCGUUCACGCUCAACCAUCCCACCACGGUCGUCACCGUCGGGUCUAUAGCGGCACCGACUAUGCUAGUGACACGGGCCGACUAGAUCCUCGUGACAGUGGCAUACACCACCGAUCUCAUCAUGGAUCGUCUCAUCGCGUCCAUGCCCCGGUUGGACACCACCGACGCUAUCCCACAUACGAUGGGCUGAAGAAGGGCGACGAUAUCGACAAAUACGAUGCCUACUCAUAUACUACACCACGAGAGCAAUUUGACCGCGACUACCCCGUCAAGCCUCGUCAUUCAAGCACAAGAUCCUCGGUCGAUCGGCCUCUCAGCUUGAAUGUGAUGGAAGAGCAUCCGCAAUACAUGCCCCGCAAAGAACGCCCUCACGGCCCUCCUCCAACCAGCUGGGGCUUUGACAAACUCGACCGCGAAGGCCGGCCUCGCAAUUCGAGUCACGGUCUCGAGGUCCCCCGGGCUUCUUCACGUACCAGAGAUACAUCGCGAUCUCGCGGAGAUGGUCAUGACCGCGCCCUGGUCGCAGUUCCUCACGAUUCUGACGAUGGCUAUGAAUCCUAUGAUCCUCACCGACGGUCUCGUCAUCGCCGGUCGCACCGUGACAGAGAGCGAUAUUCUCGGGAUGAUCGGUCCCCACGACCUCACCCUCACAAUGGCAGUGGUGAGAUGGCUCUUGCAGCGACGGGUUUGGGCACGGCCGCCCUGGGCGCCGGUUACUCGGACAUGUCAGACUACGACCAUCGACCUCGGGCAAGCCAUCCUAGACGCUCGCAUGAUCCCGAGCGCGACUAUGAAUCUACCAAGCAUGUACCUCGAGACCAUACGAGAGAUUUGAACGAUGGCAAUGACACCAGCCCCGAGAGAACAAAGCAGAUGUAUCUGGAGCCUACCGCUAGCAGCCACCACCGCAGUGGCCGAUCACGCAGACGCUCCAAGCGUCACACUGACAGCGAAUCAGAAGGAUACACUGACGAUGAUGACCUGCGAAAGUAUCGGGACGAACCGUCUGCUACUCCGCGACGCCGGCACAGUAGUACUGAUACCAGCAGCGGAGACGAGCGUUCGGCCAGACGCCACCCUCGCGACUGGUCCCGCCAUGAACCUUCUCGUCCGCAGCAAAUGCUCGAGGACCACCGCUCUCAUGACUCCCGUGGCUCUCUGUCUGGAAGCCACGAAGAUGUGCGGAAGCCUAUUACUGUCGAGCCGCCUGUCCAGAAGGAGCCGGAGGUGGCCGCACCCAAGGGUAUCCUGAAGCCACCUCGCGAGAGCUUCCCCGAGGAACCCAACCCUAUCCGAGAAGGUGUAGCGCCCCUGAAGGAUGCGAACAAGAAGGGUAUUCCGCCUGGUGCGCGAUGGACCAAGAUCGAUCGAAAGUUAGUGAAUCCGGAGGCAUUGGAAGCUGGUAAUGAGCGGUUUGAAGAACGAUCCGACUAUGUCAUUGUCUUGAGAGUGUUGUCUAAGGAGGAGGUUCAGAUGUACGCUGUCAAGACACAGGAGAUCCGAGGUAAGUUUUGGUUCAUGUUUCUAGGGGAUGGAGUUUUCGAACAGACUUUGACCAAGAAUAUUACAGACGCCCAUGAAAAGAAAUACAUCGAAGACAAACGUCGUCGCAUGGAGGAAGACCGCCGCUAUGGUCGCCGUGGCGAAGAAUCGUCGAGCGAUGACGAGGACGACUACGAGGGCGCGCCGUUGAAGAUCGAGGCACCCCCAGCGCUGGAGCAGAAGCCGUCCCUGCCAAUGCGCCCUCACCCGUCGCAAAUUUCAAUCCCUGAAUCCGAGAGGACGAGAAUGAGUCCGUCCGCCGCGCCGGCAUAA